CGGUAAUUAUAAUAAUGUGAUAAUUGAAUAAAGUAACGGCAAUGGUACUAUCUGCUGCUCUUCACUGCUUCAGAGUAUUUCAGUACCUUCGCCAACACACCGUGUGAUAGAGAGAAAGAGAAUGGCAGUUUGUGUUCUGUAGAGGGAGAAAUUUCUUCAGAGAAACCAACUAAGCGCCAUUAAUGUCUCUCAGAAACAAAGCGUGAGCUAGUACUACUUCACAGCACAGCACAUUCAUUCAAUUCAUUCACCUCUUCUUCCAAUUCAAGCUGCUCUAACCACUCCAAUUCCGGCUCUCACUCUGAGAAAUUUGAGAUUCUAUCUGUAUUUGUGUCUGUUUUGUUCUGUGUUUUCAUUAUCUGUCUGAAAUUGAACGUACGCGGCUGAUAAUCUGAUAUACAGAUAGAUGGAGGGGGAACUGAGUAAGAUGACGAUGGACAUAUUCUCCAAACUCGAGCAGAAAUGGCUGUACCACUGCGAAGGAAAGAAGACGCGCAUCCUGAGCAUCGACGGCGGCGGAACAACCGGCAUUGUGGCCGGCGCUGCUCUGGUCCACCUCGAAGAUCAGAUCCGAGCGAAAACCGGCGAUCCUGAUGCUCCAAUUGCUGACUUCUUCGAUGUAAUCGCUGGUUCUGGAAUAGGUGCUAUUUUCGCCGCAAUGUUGACUGCUGACGGAGGAGGAGGCCGUCCGCUGUACACGGCCAGUGAGGCAGUCGCGUUCGUGAGAGAGAAGCAGCCGGAGCUUUUCAGGAGAAAGCAGGUCGGCGUUUUUGGCAGGCCGCGGAGAUUUUCUGGCAAGAGUAUGGACAAGACGUUGAAAGCGGCUUUGACAAGGAGAGAGGACGGGAGGAUUUUGACGUUGAAGGACACGUGCAAGCCGCUACUGGUUCCUUGCUUUGACCUCAACAGCUCAGCGCCGUUCGUGUUCUCACGCGCCGACGCCUCCGAGUCUGCGAGCUUCGACUUCGAGCUCUGGAAAGUGUGCCGCGCCACAUCAGCCGAUCCGUCCAUGUUCAAGCCAUUUCCGCUCCAGUCGAUCGACGGGAGGACCUUUUGCGUGGCGUUAGGCGGCGGACUCGUCAUGAACAACCCAACCGCCACCGCAGUUAACCACGUCUUGCACAACAAGCGCGAUUUCCCGUCCGUUACCGGCGUGGACGACCUUUUAGUUCUCUCCCUAGGCAAUGGAUCGUUUUCCGCCGCCCCAAGCGGAAAACUGCGUAACGUCUAUUGCUCUACAUCCGCCGUGGUCGGCAUUGUCCACGACGGCGUUUCGGAAACCGUCGAUCAAAUGCUCUGUAACGCCUUCGCUUUGAAUCCGAACGGUUACGUGAGAAUCCAGGCAAACGGCGUGGGAGAGAGAGUGGAGGAAGUGUUGAAAGAGAGAGGAGUGGAGUCGUUACCGUUUGGGAGCAAGCGGUUAUUGACGGAAACAAACGGGCAGCGAAUGGGAGGCUUCGUGCAACGGCUGAUUGCUUCGGGAAGGAGCAGCCUGCCACCGAGUCCGUGCAAGGAAGCCGCUGUUAGUCCUAUUAGUGACGGACGUUAGUGUAUACCAUCUCAUUCCUUGCUUUGUUACUGUGUCCGUUUUGAAAGAAGCAAUUUAUAAACAAAAUUUGUAUACAUUUCACACAUAUUGCACUUAAUUGUUUGUACACAUCGUCAAUGUGUACACUUUCUAGUUGUUUGUGUACACAGAUAGAGCGUGCAGUGUUGUCUGUGUGCACGAACGUUGACGUACAAAUGUGUGAGAAAUGUAUACAAAUUUUGUGUACAAAAAAUUGUUGGUCCUUUUUUUGUCCAUGAAUAAACGCAGGAGAGAGUAGACCAGUUUUGAGCCCCAUAAUACAUCAGCACUUCGCAUGACCACAUAAAAUAUUUGAAGCACCCAAUGGAAACAGGUCUUCUCUGUGUCUGACUCUAAUACAUAUGGGUCAUUUAUUUUGCGGGGACUACAGAUAUACUCAACUUUUUGUUAAGUAUUGUCAAUGAUCUAUUAAUGAUAAGUGUAUCCUUAUUCAAACUAGCGACAAAGAUAUUGUUUAGAGCUUUUAAAUGACAAUUAUUCGGUAGUUUUUAGGGACA